GCUCAAAAUAAUGGCGACUGUUGUUGCUGCUUGGAAACUAACUCUUUUUUGCGUUUUUCUCUUUCUUCAAGGUAAGUAACUAGGUUUUACAGUUUCGAUGCGGUUAAUGGUGAUUUGCUGUACUUAAAGAGCUACUUUUGGAGAAAAAUACUGAUGAUUUGCAUAGUAACUUGUUUGAGAAUAAUCUCCGUUGAAAAGCGUAUUCUUUGUUUAACUGGAAACAUGUAAACAUAGAAAAUAUCCUUUGUUGGAGACAUGUUCCUGGCAGAAUUUCUCACCACCGCUUUGCAAGAAAAGAAAAACAAAAAAGAAAAGAAAACGGAAAUAAAAUAAGUUUUAGCUGAAGUCUUUGAGGGUUGUCCAUAUUAAUUUAUUUGUUACUAUAAUAAAAGCGUUUAGCAUGCCACACGUAGCAGCUAAUGUUUGUAUUGUGCGAAAUUUGUUGAACCUAACGGUAAAUUUUUCUUACUGAUACUAAGGCUUGCUAAGUCUUGUUAAUAAAUUAAAUCAAUGCACGCUCGCAUUAUCAGCUGAGGAAAAAAAUAAAACCAAACAAACAGAUGUAGUUAUUUUUGCAGCAUUUGUUACUGGUUUAUCAUCACUGGCCAUAAAUGCAUCUUCUGUCGAAGUUGGAUAUUUAUGGGAGAAUCCAAGACUUGAAAAUGUCCACACUUCAGAAGUGGUCAUGGACAAGGAACACAGCGGAAGCAUUCUUCGAUUGAUUUGUGACAUCACACCUCCUCUACCACAAGGUGGAGAACACUGGGAUAAAAGAGAUGGAAUUGUUAAAUGGUACAAGACUGCUCCCAAGGCUGAGCCUGUGAAAAGCGUACGUUAUUGGUCCAACGAUAUGUCAAAGACUGCUAUUUCAUUCUCAAAUAUCACCCUUGAUACACUUGGGACGUAUUCAUGUAUUUAUGGUGAUGUAUCAGCUUCAAUUGAUUUGUUAGGUGAGGAAGUCAAUGGCAGAGUAAGAGAAAAAUUUUACUAUCCACUCUUCCUUCAGACAAGCACUGUAUUAAACUUGGUUGUCCGAAACCCAAGAGUUCUUGUCCAAAAAGUUUAGCUGGAAACUCGAAACUCAAAAACAAUCUUUCAUUUAAUGUUUUUAAUCACAUUAUUACCCUUGUAAAUUGUUUUUGACUUAAACCUAAAACAGAGCUCAUAAGAACAAAUCAAAUAACUGUGGAAUGGCAGAGUUAAAAGGAAUAUUUAACCUUAUUUUGUCAAGUAUGAGGUUUGCUUUUAUGACUUUUUAAGAUGAAUUUUAAUUCUACUUUAAUUUGAACUGUUUCUUUAUUUUUUCUAAUUAAAAAUGUGCUUGUUCCACGGACAAUUCACGUCAAAGGUUUACAUUUCCAAACUGAAUUUCUGCCUGUACCAGACAAUCAUGCAGAUAUAGGAUUUAGCGCACCCUGUUUUAGGGUAAUGAUAAUAUUGUUGUUAGAAAUGAUUUUUCAGUCAACUUGUACAGUAUGGUUUGCAUUAAUAGUGAUUUUCUACUAUUUAACCUUCAAAGUUAAACCUCAGUCUUGAUUAUUUCAAAAUUAGAAGCAAAACAUGAUUGUUAACUCUCUGAGAUGCUUAUAUGUUACCAGUCCUAAACUUCAAAACUUGUCUAAUAAUCAACUUUUUAUCUGAAAUUAAAAUGUGAUGCUAACCUUAAAUGUUUUUAUUUACCUCUAGUGGAAAAUGUGGAAGCUGCAAAAGCUUUGAAAACGCCAGAAAACUUGAAGGAACUUAAAUCUUAUGUCUUGUACAUGAAGGAUAAAUCAGGGAUAAGUGGAUGGACAAAACAGCAGCAACUCCUUCAGGUAAAAGUAUUUUCAGUGGAGUAUAAAAUCAUUUUAUCAUAAAAGGGGAGUAUCUUGAUAUAGGUACAUGUACAGCAGCCUCUACCACAGUAGGAACAGCAGUGCAACUGAUAGUGUUGUAGAUAAAUCUUUUCUCAGGUUAAACCAGAAUUUCCUUCGUCCUCUGUACUAUGAGGACAGUUAGAAGUAGAAAUUUUGAAAUAAACUUACUAUAGGUGGAAUACUGGUGAAAUCCUGGCAAGUAGUCAAAAUGUGUUUUACCUAAACCACAAGUACAGUGUAAACCUCUACGUACAGGUACAUACAUGUACAUCUUAGUUAAGGGGUGAGUGAAAGAAGGCCCUGUAUGAGUCCUGAUCCAGUGACAAAUUCUCUCUUUAAUUCAUGAGCAUAUACAAGGCAAAUAUGAAAGGAGAAUCUAGCAAUGAUUAGUCACUGAGGGUUACAGCUGUACCUCUGUUUUUUAGCAAGCACUUGAAUUUGUCUCUGGUGACUGAAUAAACCUGCUUUUAACAGCAACUUCCAUAGCUCUAUUUUUCACUAGCAAUACACGUAAGUACAUUACUGUAGAGUAGUAAAUGCCAGUAGCUCUGUUGUGGGUUCAUCAUCAUCAUCAUCAUCAUCAUCAUCAUCAUCACUCUUUGAGCCAAAUGUGCAUAAGACCAUGUCAUUAAUUCACAGCACAUGUACACAGAGAUGUUUUCCCAGUGACUCUGAUAACCUUGUAAGGGAAACAUAUAUACCAGUGAUAUGAGAAUUAUCACUCUGUUUUGUUCAUAAUAUAGCCCACUGGAACAACAGAAUACUGUAGCCCAUUGCCUAGGAGGUUCAAACAAAGCCCAAGCUCAGGUUGAUUGCACUUUAUUUUGUAUCCCUUAAUAACUAUUUUUUGUCGUUCGUAUUAGUGAUAUACACUAUAAAAUGAACAGUACAUGACAGUUUGCCCUUCUUUAAGAGUAACCAUAGGGCCCUCAGGUUAACCUACAUGUGUAACUUUCGCCUGUCUUUUGCAUGAGACAAUUAACUACUUUGUCUAACUUAUUAUUAUUAAUAUGUAUUUAAAUAUUUUUUUCAGUUCACCAAUUACAAGUAUCAGAUAUCAAAGUUAUUGCAGCAAUGGGUGAUGCAUUUACAGUAAGUAACAUGUUUAACUUACUGUUGUAUGUUUAUUUACCAAUGAAUAACUGAAAAAAAUUAUCUUUUGUAAGUCAAGCUGCUUGUGUCAAGUACAUGUUGGUUUUAGAAGUUGUACCACUGCCUUUUGCAUUCAAAAUAUUCAUUCUUGAUGAGUAUUUUGAUGAAAUUAUUUAUGAUUAUUUUUUUUUCCAAGGUUGGUCUUGGUGCACAAGCCUUGUCGCUUAAUGGGUUUUUUACUGAUUUUAAAGGAAUCUCAUGGAGGUAAGAGUUUAUCAUAUAUUACUACCUUAUUGUUGCUUUUGAUUUCUAAAUAAUGUGGAUGCUUUCACCCAAUGACUGUGUAUUUUCUCAAAAACUUAAUUCAUCUUAUGGCUCAGUGAACAAUUGAGUGAAAAGUGCAAUAUUUUAUUUCUAGACAGUGUUCAUCAUGAGCCAGUGUUUAGGUUUGAUAUUGCAAACAAGUCAUUAAUAGGGUUUUAACCAACAACACCACAGUCAAGUAUUAAUUUUAGCUUGUGUUUGAUUGGGUAUCACCAUUUUAUGUGUUUUAAUCAACCAGAUUGCUGGAAAAUUUAUUGUCCUCUUUUAAGACAGACAGUUGACUAAAUUAUAAUAAUUAUAAUUUAUUAUUACAUGCUCACCGGCUUCAAGUUGUGUGAUCAGUAAGUUUUCCCUUAUUUUUUUUUAAUUUGAAGCAUUGGAGGGGAAGGAUAUUUGAACCAAUCCACAACUUUACCAAGUGAGUACCAUUUAUUUAGGCUGAUUUAGACCGUACUACAAGUGUUGUAUGCAACUAACAUGUCAUGACUUUCGACCAUCCACACGUGCACAGUUUUCACUUACGACAUCCACAAUGUGUCAUACGAAUGUCGUGGGUCUAAUUUACAUGACACGAUCUGUUGUGAAGUCAUGAUGCAUGCUAGUCGCGCGCACGAUAGUCGAAAGCAAAAAUUGUACUGUCUAAAUCGGCCUUUCGUAUGAACAUGUAUGUAUUUACCCAUGUUUUAUGGUUCAGUUUUGUCCAUGGUUUAAUUUAUUUUACUUUUUCUGGUUCAUUUUGGAUUAAUUUACCUUAAAUCAAUGGCACUUUUCCAGUAUAUGCAGGAUGUUUUUGAACUAGUUGUGUUUGUGACUUUAAAUCUGUAAUAAAACUUACCUGACCCCAAGAGAGCAAUAUCAUCAAAAAAUUUUGAAGCAAUUUCUGAAUUAGCAAAACAAAAGCGUUUUUAUUUGACACAAUUGAUUACUAAUAAAUUCAUUGGUUUUUUAACUGGGACGCAUUGAUUCUGGACCACACUGUUGGAGUUGGUUUUCAUUGGUUUUUCAUGAUAUGACCCCUAGCACUCAAUAUAGUAUACAGUUGACUUUCUUUUAACGGACACCUCUAUAAGACGGACACGUCCGUAAAAUGGACAUCUAGAGUUGGUCCCUGCCUUUGCUUAUUCCCUUUAUUUGACUCUUUAUAAGACGGACAUCUCUCUAAGACGGACACUUAGUGCCGGUCCCAAAGGUGUCCGUCUUGGAGAGAGUUGACUGUAUGUUAUUUGUAACAAUGCACUGUGCAAUGUAUGUACACAUACUGUACACAUACUUUUGCGGACUGACUGUCCCUGGGUUACCAAGGAUGAUUCAAAGCAGAAAUUAUAUUGAAAUGCUAGCAAUAGUAAUAAUUACUAUUAUUGUUCAUUCUAUACACUUACAGAUAUCAUCAGACAGUUUAAUCCUUUACUGAAAGGUGCAUCAGUAACAAGUCCGUCAAUGGACAACAUCCCUUAUAAUGAUGAUCUGAAUGUUGCCUUUGUUGGAGCCUCAGCAAGGUCAGCAUAAAUAAACAAAAUAAACAUUUGCAUUAUGUAGAAUAAUGUAGUAAUAAAUUUUAUUGCAACUUGUAUGUGUAGUCUUAUUCUUUGAUACUUUUAUUAGAGACCUUGAGAAUCAAGCAAAAGACUUGGUUUCAAGAUUGAAAAACAUGAAGGUACAUGUAUUAUAUGUCAGAUUUAUGAGUGUCCUUGGGUUUUUUUAACAGUGCAUUUAAUUAACGGGUUUUCCUUGUUCUGCUAAUUCUUAAAUAGAACAUUGAUUAUGAAAAUGACUGGAAACUUCUCACCAUGUGGAUUGGAACAGAGGAUCUCUGUCAAGUUUGUACAGACACGGUAUGAUUGCGUUGAAUUAUGUGAUCAAAUUAAAUAUUAAUCUGUGUCUUGUUUUGGAGGCUCAUCAAUUUUUUGACUUCUAUGUUCAUUCAGUUAAAGCAGAAGCAUAUAACCAUUCUGGUUAAAGUGCUAGUCAUAUAAAUUCAAGGAAUCAUGAUUAAACACCUGUUUAUCAAAGGUGGUGGAAUGAUUGGUCUUGAAUUUCACGUAUUAUGUGCUUAUUCAAAUAAGGAGGCGGCACAGCCAAGUGGUUAAAGUGCUGGACUUGCAAUAGGGACUCCCCGGGUUCAAGCCUGUCAGCUGAGUUUGUUUUUGGCAGUCCCACGUCCAGCUCCUCAGUCAAGCUUGUAAUUUCUAACUGGUUUGCUCUCAGCCAGUUGAUACUCUAACUUGUUACGCUUGUUUUAAUAAUUUUUUUUGUUUCUGUCCUUAAUUGUGGGCCACAUUUUAAAAACUAUGCAGUUACCAGAAAAUAAUUUGUGUUAUGAAUCAAAAGUCUAGACUAUGAGUAGUCCCCAUUUUUCCUCAGGGAUAGUAGAGCGAGUGAAACGCAAGCGCGCGUGAAAAUCACCCCACCUGAAAAAUAGGAGAAAGCCCGCUGGUCUCGCCGCAUGUCGCCUUUCUCCUGUUUCUCGUGGGGUGAUUCUCAAGCGUGCUCAUGUUUCGCUCACUCUACUAUCUUUGAGGAAAAAUGGGGACUACUCUUAGUCUAUCAAAAGUCACAAAGUUUUAAUUUUUAUGUUUUCAGGAUAAACUUGGCCCAAGGUCUUUCAUAAAAUAUGUGAUGCGCACUCUUAAUUACCUGAAAGAGGAGGUAUGUUAAAAUAUUUAACUUUUAUUUUCUCUUAAGUCUUUCAUUUUCGUAGAAAAAAUAAAUCAUACUGAUUCAUUUUAAGUAAUUUCAGAGUCACAUUACUCUUCAGAGUCACAACAAAAGUUAACGUCACCACACUCAUUAGAUUGACAACACUGGUUAGAGUCACGACACUCAUUUGAGUCACAACACUCAAUUAGCUACCAGUAAUAGCAUCAAUGAGGCCUUUAUCAGUGUGAUGUAGGAGUAUACCCAGUUGCUUUGUUUGACUGAACAGGUACCCCGUCUGUUUGUCAACUUGGUCCCGCCCAUGGACGUGUCUCUACUUUAUGAGUUACAUGGUGGAUCUUCCAAGUCCUGUGAAAUCAUGGGCUGGUGAGUGAAAUACAGAAUGCUUAGUAACACUGCUUUGGCAUGGGGUGAUAAUAUGACCAUUUCAGCUGCCAAAGUUGCAUAAUUUUUACCAUUAUCUUGUUGCCGGUUCCAUUAUCUGGGGUAAACGUUUUUGGCUCGUUUCAGUGAUUUGAACUACUUUGAUUUUAUAAACUAGUCUCUGACUUUGUAGCAAUUGUCAGAAAUUUCAGCUACUGUAGUGAAAACCAUCAGCAUGUGAUAUAUCGGAUUUGAGGCUAGGUUACAGGUAUGCAGUGUUUCCAAGAGUUGUGCAAUCAGUCUGGUACACUUCUUGUGAACUGUGAUUUUCUGAAACUAUUAGUUGUUCAGUUAAUUAUUAAAAGUAGUAUUUUCUAUGAGUUAUAAUCCGUGGCAGUAGUCUAAACCUCCCCUUACCUUUUUUGUUAUAAAGUAACACUCCAUGUAAUUGUUGUUGUGUUCUAUUUCUUUCAGGAAUUCGUGCCACUGCUUGAAGAAAGGUGGCGAGGAAAGAGCCAAAAUUUCCCAAGCAGUGAAAAAUUACAAGGUAACUUGUCUUGUAGCUCUAAUAAGGAAGGGACAUCUGAUACAGAAUAAAACUUUGAAAAACCCUGAGAUCUCGUUUUUUAUAGUGGGUUAACGUCGUUGAUGUUCUUGUAGGAGGUGUCUUUGUGACUAAACGUUUAUUUUUUUUUUACCGUUUUUAGCGCCUUUUGAGGGAACUUGUAAGCAGUGGUCUUUAUGACACACAGAACGACUUUGCGGUGGUUAUUCAACCUGCUCUUCAACUGCCUCCGAAAACUAAGGUACCGGAAGCUGCUCUUUUGCUAUUUAAUUAGUUUUCCGUUAUCUGAAUGUUCAUAGACAACGUCUCGUUGUCAGAAAAUAACUUAUUCCAUUUUCCCAGAUGUCGCUCUUGUAGUUUAUUGAUAUUUCUGGUAGUAAGCGGAGCUUCUUGAGCAUGAUCUUGAAAAAAGAGACGAAGGCUGCCCUGUUGGCUUUGUUUUUCCUAAGGAUCCUCGGCUGUUCAUGGAUUAAGACGGAAUUUAUAGAGCAUUUUCACUCUCGUAGCCAGCAUCUAUGAAAAUAUCUUGGAAAAAAGAAAACUUUACGUAAGAAAGGAGUUCAACUCCCACCGGAUUUUCUUGGUACACCAACAUGGCCACUGUUUCGUUGUUUUGAAACACCAAUAUGGCCGCCGUGACGUCAUGUGAAAAACGCUAAAUAGUUCAACUUUAUUGCACCAGCGCGGAACUUUAAAUACCUUUUCCUUAGCGCCCCACCUCCCAAUUAAAGCCCGCUUGAAGAAAGAAUUGAAGUCAUAGUUUCUUCUUUAAAAGGGCAUUUAUAAAGCUUCCCACCAACCAGGGCUCGUUAUCAUCUAUUGUAGGUAAAGCAGAAGUAUUAAAUCAUCACCUUUACCUAUUCUUCUUGUAGGAUGCAAAGUUAGUUGAGGAAUUUUUCGGCUUGGACUGUCUGCACUUUUCAGCACAGGGCCAUCCAGCAGCAGCUCUAGCCUUGUGGAGAAACAUGGUAUGGUAUUAUCUUAAAACAACGCCUGUGUUUUCCUGUCCAUCCAUUUCUGGUUCUCUGCUUUCUUUUAUUAAGCGGCCUCGCAUCCAUAGCCUGGGUCGUUGUCACAAAAAUAAGGGUCGGGGGAGGGGGAGGGGAGAAAAAAGCUCGUCUCUCCCCAAUCCCCCUCUCUUUUCCCUUUCCUCCCCGAUCCGCUUCGACGUCUGCCAUGUACGCUUCACUGAAAUUUUGGCGUCAUUCAUGAUGUUAUAGCUUCCCAUUAACAAGGGAGUAGCUAUUCUGUAUUAGUAAAAUCCAACUCGUGGUCUAUUAUCAUUGCUGCGUUCUGAUUGGUUGAGCUACAACUAGGCUAUAUGUUAUAGCCCCCUAGUAGCGAAAAGCGCGGGCUUUUUGGCGGCGAAAAAGGAUUAAAGUCUAGCUUUAACCAGCUAGAAGUUUUUUAUUCUCGAUAUUUGUGACCAACUAGUCGGAUUUUACUAAAACAAUUAUUCCUCUCGCCCUCAUGGCCUCUGAGUCAAUAGCUAUUGACUCAGAGCCCAUUCAUUCUAAGUAAAAAUUAAAAUCGUUAAGUGAAGAAGUGAGUUUACUUAUAGGCUGUGGUGUUGAGCUUCCUACUGAAGCAUGUUCAUAACAUGUAACAUCAUUUAUCCAUUGUUUGUAGUUGGAGCCGUUUGGUUCUAAAACAAAAGGCUGGGGAGAUCAAGAAAAACUUGAGUGUCCCACAAAGGUUUGUAUCAAAGUGUACCAGAUUUUUCAAUUGACUUAAUUCAUGUCCAAAACAAAUGGUCUUGUCGCAAUGUAGUUUAUCAGUUAAAAGUGAGAGUAACUGUUGUCAUUCUGAUGAUUUUUUUUUAAUGUAGCCGUUAACCGCUCCACUAGAGCAGGUAAACGCCUUUUUAUAAAAGCUGGCACUUCCACUGUUUAUGUUAAGUAAAAAGUGCGGACAUCUCUGUAAUGCGGACACUUGACCCUGUCCUUGGCAUAGGGCUGAGUCAGACUCGUACCCAGUCGCUUCUCUGUAUGCGCUGUGAUUUAUGGGUAGGACUUAGUGCGUUCGCGGUGCAUCAAGGGAAGGACGGAAGAAUAACGCCUUUGUGCGCGUCAAAUUGCCUUUCCAUAUUCCUUUGCGAGAAUAAAUAAGUGGCGACUGGGUACGAGUCUGGGGCUGACUAUUACUUUGUAACUUAAUGUUUUCAGGAAAACCCAUACUUAUUCACCAAAACAAACAGUAACACUGUUAUGAGUGGACUGAUCAGUGACGAUGACCAGGACUCCGCCACAGAUGACUUCCCUCCUUCCGCCGCUGUAGCGUUAGCUGUGUGUUUAACAGCUGUUGUGGUGAUUGUCGUUGUUUUUGUGUGGAGAACCCGAAAGUCAAGACGAAGACCAGAAGCAAGAAAACUUCUCUAUGCUCCCGGACCAUACAAACCAAGGAUUUGAACCUGCCCUGGACGUUGUGUUUGGUUGAAACUCUCUUAAACCUUCAGCCCUCGUGGGAGGCGAUGGAAAGAGAAGGGGAAGGUGUUUAAUCGAGCGCCUUGCGCUUCUGGUGCCCACUCGCUUCUCCCGCUCCGCGUUUUCUCCAUACUUCUCACGAUCUUACAACGACCACGAAAGAGAGAAAUUCUCAAAACAAGAAGGCUUAUUGUUGAGUCAUUAUUACUUAACGUUGUAUAUUUUAUAAUUAAUCCAACUGUCUGCCAUUUCUAUAAAUUGACGGUGAUAAAAUUCACUUUUUAAAGUGCUCGCGAAGACGCGACGCUUAGCUAUCCUUUAUCAAUGUGCACUUGAAAUAGUCAGUCCCGGAUUCAGAAUUAGAAGAAAAAAUAAGUCAAAAAGAGUCCAGCACGCGUUGACUCUAGAAUUACAACUGAACAGCUCGGCACUUUCUCAGACAUGCUUAAAGAACUAAAAUGAGGUACUUUAGAAACAAGAAG